CCGCUUUCGAUGCCGGUGUAGCAGCAACAUUGUAGCUAUGAAUAACAGCUGGCUAGCGAACGUUCGUUAACAACAUUUCCAGCGGGGCUGCAUUUCACUACUGUUAGCUAGCUAAAGGCUAGCUUUAUUGACGAAAUAUGCAGAAGUAUGAAAAACUUGAGAAGAUUGGAGAGGGCACAUAUGGAACUGUUUUCAAAGCAAAAAAUAGAGAAACGCAUGAAAUCGUGGCUUUAAAAAGAGUGAGAUUGGAUGACGACGAUGAGGGAGUCCCAAGUUCUGCCCUGCGAGAAAUUUGCCUCCUGAAAGAACUGAAGCAUAAAAACAUUGUGAGAUUGCAUGAUGUUCUGCACAGUGACAAGAAGUUAACAUUGGUGUUUGAAUUUUGUGAUCAGGAUCUAAAGAAAUACUUUGACAGCUGCAAUGGAGACCUAGAUCCAGAAACUGUCAAGUCGUUCAUGUACCAGCUGUUGAAGGGGCUUGCCUUCUGCCACAGUCGGAAUGUUCUCCACAGAGACCUGAAGCCACAGAACCUCCUCAUCAAUAGGAAUGGGGAAUUGAAGCUGGCUGACUUUGGCUUGGCUCGAGCCUUUGGAAUCCCAGUGAGAUGUUACUCAGCAGAGGUUGUGACAUUGUGGUAUAGGCCCCCAGAUGUGCUCUUCGGUGCUAAGCUUUAUUCUACCUCUAUUGACAUGUGGUCUGCUGGAUGCAUAUUUGCAGAGUUGGCAAACGCUGGAAGGCCCCUGUUUCCGGGUAAUGACGUUGACGACCAGCUGAAGAGGAUCUUCCGAUUGUUGGGUACACCAACUGAAGAACAGUGGCAGACAAUGACAAAGCUUCCAGACUACAAGCCGUACCCCAUGUAUCCAGCUACGACCUCACUGGUGAAUGUUGUCCCCAAACUCAGUAGCACAGGACGGGAUCUCCUGCAGAAUCUGUUGAAGUGUAAUCCUGUUCAGAGGAUCUCUGCAGAGGAGGCAUUACAGCACCCUUACUUUGCUGAUUUCUGCCUACCGUAGAUGAGGUGCCCAAACACGU